AUGUGCAUCCGUCGUUGCGUCUCCUGUCCAUCCAAAGGUCUUUUUGAUGUGUUCUCUUGGUUGGCUAUUCUCAGAGAUUUAUCUGAUUUUGGUCGCGAGUUGUGCGGCGGGUAUCUUACCCGUUUACCUUCGGUCCAUCAAUUGGGGGUUGUGAUAGAUCGUCUUAUUCGGCUAUACAACGUGUCGAUUAUUCGCGUCAGCUUUUCUACCGAGCCACUAAAAUUGGGUGGAUACGUGUCUAUUGACACAAUUCAGCGUCGCCGUGCCGAGAAGGUGCGGAACAGGUGCAAAUGGUUUCACGAUGGUCUGGACUUGACUUGUCCUCAGCUGGACGACUUCGACUAUCUGGGAAUUCGUUGGAUGCAUGAGGGGAAAUUCGGUGUUUUUCCUCAUCCUACUGAGGAUUACUUCCACCCCGCUUGGACCCACCCAGACGGUCUUCUCUCCGUUUACGACUUAUAAACGGAUAAAUACAUAUAUAGCCCAUAAAAAAGUAAUUUUGUAUUGACAAUAUAUACUAAAAAA